AUGGCAAAGUCAAUCGUUCUUUUUGCAUUACUCGCACCAGCUCUUAGUGCAGUAUUGCCUAGAGGUCAAGAAGGUGACAAGUCCUCACUCGCUCAAUCAGACAAAGUCGAGGCUACUCCUGCACAGACCUGGAAUGACUGGGCUAGCGCCCCUGCCGAGAAGGCAUCUUCCAUUGCUGUUGUGACUUCAGCCAAACCAGAAGAGGCUAAGAAGUCAUCUGCUCCUGUUGAGUAUCAAAAGUCGAGCAAAGUAGAGAACGCCCCUUCGUCUCCCAAGUCUGAGGAAGGAAAAGCUACUCCGGCCUCUAGCUGGGCAGACUGGGGCGAAAACCCCGUCAAGACUACCGAAGCACCAAAGACAACUGCUCAGCCUGCAAAGACAACCCUUGAGACAGUCAGCAAGCCAAGGGAGACGAAAUCUGCCAAUCAGCAGUGGAAUAGCUGGGAGUCCGAGGCACCCAAAUCAGACACCAAGAAGUCUGAAGUCCCCGUCGAGACCCCAGCUCCCCAAAAGUCUUCUCAAGUUUGGAAUUCUUGGGAACAUUCUGAAGCUCCUGUCACCCCCAAGCCUGAAGCAUCCAAGCCAGCACCCAAGCCCGAGGAGACUAAGCCUGCUGCUCAAACGUCUCAGUGGCAGGACUGGUCUAAAUCAGAAGCGACUGGAAAGGCUUUUGAAACCACGAAACCAGCCCCUGCCCCUGAACAGCCCAAGCCAGCAGAGACCAAGCCAGCAGAGCAGCCUCAAAAAUCGCAAGGUUGGACUGACUGGUCAAAGCCUGUUGAGACUCCCAAGCCAGAAGCUCCUAAGCCAGCAGAGACUAAACCAGCAGAUCAGCCUCAGCAAUCACAGGAUUGGAGUGACUGGUCAAAGCCUGUUGAGACUUCCAAGCCAGCCCCUGCCCCUGAACAACCAAAGCCAGCAGAGACUAAGCCAGCAGAUAAACCUCAACAGUCGCAGGGCUGGGAGGAUUGGGCAAAGCCUGUUGAGACUCCCAAACCUGAAGCUCCCAAGCCCGAAGCUCCCAAGCCCGUCGAGAGCGUAGCACCGCAGCAAUCGCAAGGCUGGGAGGACUGGCAACAAAACAACAAAGGUGUUGACACACCUGCUCCAGCUCCAGCUCCUCAAAAGGAGUCUUGCGCCCCAACCACAAUCACCGUGACCGUGACCGAGACCGCUCCCGCCGCGGCCGUGAAGACGAGUGCCGAAGGUGGAUGGCAAGAUUGGAGCAAUAACGGAAAAAACUGGUAG